AGAAGAGAGAGAGAGAGAGAGAAAGAGAGAGAGAGAGAGAGAGAGAGAAUCCCCCCCAUCUUCUUCCUGCAGUCUCCAUUCAGACAGAGGGAGAGCAGGGGAGAGAUUAUUGCACGACUUACGACUCUUCAACCUGUGAAUCAUUUCUGGGUUUGACCGAAAAUCUCAUGACCUCUCAGCCGGUAGGCUUUUGUGUUUGAACUCCGAAAAUGAUGGCCAGUCACAACGAAGCAAGUGAAGAUCAGUUUUUUGAUUCUCGUGACGAGAUCGCUUCUGUUUCUGAUUCGGGUUCAGAUUGUGCUGAUGAUUGCUGUUCUUGUUCCGAGCUUUCAAAUCGUGAUGUUAACAGUUUAGGGUAUGACGUGUGGACGAAGGCUCCUGAAAGUUCUCAUCAGCGUCGCAGUAGGUUUUUCGAAUGGAUGGGUAAAAGUUUAGAUCAGAAUCAGACAGAAAAAAAUGAAUCAGGUGAUGUAUCUUGUGAUGAAAUCCAAUUGGGGAUUGCCAGAAUUAAUGAGGACAGUGGGGCUGUACUGAGAAAUUCAAAUUUGGAAGAUUGCUUUGUGUCUAACAGCAGAGAAGAUGAAUCGUUAGGAGAAGUUGCUGCAGACGAGAAUUUUCUGUUUAAAUUUAAGAAUUUGGAUGAUGGGACAGAGCUUGUUGCCGAUGGUGUCAGUACCAACGGAAUGCUCAACAGAUUACAUGAAGCGGGUUCAGAUAGGUUGGUUACCAUUGAAGAGUUUCAGAGAAAUUAUGGCUCAUCGCCUUUGGUUCAGCGGUUGUUGCAUAGGGAAGCUGAGGCAGGUACUUUGGUGGAUAUGAAGAACAAACUUAAGAGUCGAUUGAUUGGGAAAUUAAACAAAGUGCGUAAUGUGGGUAGACAAGGGAAAGGAAAUUUGAAGUCACAGGAUUUGAACACACAAAUGGGGGCUAGAUUUCGAAGAGUUAAGGUGCAGUUGAAUAGGAAGAGAUCGAAGGUGUUAUCUUCUCUUUAUGCAAGACAAGAAUUUGCUGCACACGAAGGCUCAAUCUUGGCGAUGAAGUUUAGUCCUGAUGGUCAGUACCUUGCAAGUGCUGGUGAAGAUGGCGUUGUGUGUGUGUGGAAAGUGCUUGAGGAUGAGAAGCCAAAUAAGUUAGAUAUUGGACAUUGUGACCCUUCAUGUUUAUGUUUCUCAGUGAAUGAUCUCUCCCAAUUAGCCCCUCUGGAUGGCGACAAAGAAAAAAUGUGUAAGAUGAAAAGAUUUGGGAAAUCAUCGGAGUCUGCUCAUGUUAUUUUCCCACAGAAGAUCUUCCGCAUCCUGGAGGAACCAGUCCAUGAGUUCCAUGGACACAGUGGCGAGGUCUUGGCUCUUUCCUGGUCCAAGAAUGGGCAUCUGCUGUCAUCGUCUGUCGAUAAAACAGUUCGCCUUUGGGAAGUAGGACAAAACCAUUGCCUAAGAGUUUUCUCUCAUAACAAUUAUGUGACAAGUGUAGAAUUCAAUCCUGCCGAUGACAAUUAUUUUAUCAGCGGUUCAAUAGAUGGAAAAGUGCGCAUUUGGGAAGUGCAUGGCUGUCGCGUAAUUGAUUGGGUUGACAUUAGAGAAAUAGUGACUGCUGUAUGCUAUUAUCCCAGUGGAAAGCGAGGAAUUGUGGGCUCAAUGGACGGAAGCUGCCGUUUUUAUGAUACCAUAGAUAAUCAGUUGCAGCUGGAAGGUGAGAUAUGUUUGAAGGGGAAAAAGAAGUUACCCUGCAAGAGGAUAACUGGCUUUCAGUUUUCUCCCAGUGAUCCAACCAAAGUUCUUGUCACUUCUGCUGAUUCCCAAGUUCGAGUUCUUUGUGGUGCUGAUGUCCUCCUCAAAUUCAAGGGCCCACGAAAGACAGGGAGUCCGUCUACUGCAUCUUUCACUGCAGAUGGGGAACAUAUCAUCUCAGCUGGAGACGACUCAAAUGUGUAUGUCUGGGAUUAUAUUAGCAAGGGCACAACUUCUUCUGAACCAAAGAAGGUUUCAUCUUAUGAGCGCUUUGUUUCUCACAACGCAUCGAUCGCUGUACCUUGGUGUGGUAUGAAAACCACGUCUGGUUCACUUUCGACUCCCCCUAUGGGGGACGAUGAUCUGGCACGCUGUAUCUUGGGGAAUAGGCGUUGUGAUCAAGGCUUACUCAACAGUCUAAAUUUUUCUCCUCGUGAUUGUUUCCCUUUAAGUCGUGGGCUGUUUUUAGAGUCUUUUCCAAAGGGAUCUGCGACUUGGCCAGAGGAGACACUCCCUGAUUCAAGUCAAAUGGCAGUUUCGCCGCCAAUGGGUAGAUCCGAGUGCAAACUUUUGGCGAGUGCAUGCCAUAACAGUUGCAGUUCUAGUACGUGGGGCCUUGUGAUUGUAACAGCAGGCCAUGAUGGGCGGCUCAGGACAUAUCAGAAUUACGGGUUGCCUAUUCACGUCUGAAAAUCCAGUGUUUUGGGUGCCAUUGGAUUUUUGAUACUCAUUUGUUGGCUACUUUAGGGAUCGCUCGAAGCAACUGGAACAGUUGUGGGUAGCUUAGUUUUGUAUGUAUCUCAGUAUGUAUAGCAAUGUAGAGGUCACAGAAGAAAUUUUGUUUUGCUUAUUCUCUAGAUGUGGAUAAAGAGGUGUAAUUUCAUUGAUUCUUCCACAAACCAGCCAUAUGGCAACAUAGGGGCUGAAGUUCCUUUUGUAAUGGGACAUCAUUAUGGAGAUUAUCAGUAUAAAAUUCUUUGAUUUGUUGAGUAAA